UCUCUCUCUCUUGCUCUCUCUCCACCUCCCAUCCACUUGCUGCCUCCUGUCUCCGGUUGCCAAAGCAGACGGGGAACACAAGAGGAGGUGUCCUGUUACUCCGCCACACAGCUCACCAACCUCCGCUCGAAACGCAAAAGACACAGACGGAUUUCCACGCAAACCCAAAAACAUUCUAUUCAUCUCGUCAGGGGAAGCGCGCACCGCUCGUCUCCCCCCCCCCCCCCCCCCGAGGAAUCGCCGACCCACCCCACCCUCGGUCACGCAGGCGUCCGGAUGAGUUGCGCGGAUGUUAUUUCUCGGAUUGCCUCCCGGGUGGCGCGGGGCCCACGGGGAGCCGGCGUGCGGAAAAGUGGAUGUUAAGCCCAUGGCUGCGACGAGGAGGAUAACGCGGCGGGCGCUCGGCAGAAGAUGGUGCUGAAGAUGGCGGCGAUGUUCUUAAUUGGACUACAGUCGCACGCCGGGGUCAAACGGACCGGCAAAACUGGAAUAGGAGUCGUUUGUCUGCUACUCUCGCUGCUGCUGCUGUCAACUUGCCUGGGCCAAGACACUGACGACUGGCAAUAUGAGGAAUGUAAACUUUCUCGAUCGGGUCCUCCGGCCACCAUCGUCGCCAUCGACGAGGAGAGUCCGAAUGGAACGUUGCUGGUGGAAAACAUGCAAAUCAACGGCGUGGCCGAGGGACCCCAGCGAACCAUCUCCUUAUCUCUGAGGGACAACCGCAACCACUGGGUCAUCCUGGACCCUUCCAAGCAAGCCCUUUACCUCAACAGCAGCGGACGAGUUCUCGACAGAGACCCUCCGUGGUACAUUCAGUCCAUCGUGGUUCAGGUGCAGUGUACCAACGAGCUGGUCGGCACGGUGAUACUCCACGAGGUCCGAAUCGUGGUGCGCGAUCGCAACGACAACGGGCCGCGCUUCCAGCAGCCCCGAUACUACGUCGCCGUGAGCGAGUUGACUCCAGUGGGCACCACUAUCUUCUCCGGUUUUUCCGGCAACAACGGAGCGGUUGACAUCGACGACGGACCAAACGGACAAAUCGAGUACACCAUCCAAUACAACCCCAAAGACCCGACAGCCAACAGAACCUUCGACAUCCCGCUGACGUUGUUUGGCGCCGUGGUGCUCAGGGAACGCCUCAACUACGAGGAGCUAACGCGCUACUUGGUCAUCAUACAAGCUAAUGAUCGAGCGCCCAACCCCAGCGAGCGGCGCAGCGCCACCACCACGCUGACGGUGGACGUCCUGGACGGCGACGACCUGGGGCCCAUGUUCCUGCCGUGCUCGCUUGUCGGAAACACCCGCGACUGCAGCCCAAUCACCUACAAGGCCAACGUGCUGGAGCUGACCGAGCCGAAUAAGAUGAACCCGCUCAAUGUGACUCCGCCCAUUCAGGCCGUGGACCAAGACAGGAAUAUCCAGCCUCCGUCGGAGAGGCCGGGAAUUCUCUACUCCAUCCUCAUUGGCAAACCCGAGUCCUACGCAGAAUAUUUCAUCUUGAACAGAACCACGGCUGAGCUCUUGCUGCUCAAGCCCGUUGACAGAGAAGUGCAUCGCAAAUUCGAUCUGGUGGUGAAGGCGGAGCAGGACAACGGCCACCCGCUGCCGGCUUUCGCCAGCCUCCAGAUUGAGGUGCUGGAUGAGAACAACCAGGCGCCGUACUUUUUGGAAAGCAGCUACCGAGGCUACGUGGCGGAAGGCGCGCCGGUGGGAACCACCGUGGCCGUGGGCCCGGGCCUCUCCGACCCGUUAGCCGUUGUGGCUCUGGAUAACGACGUGGAGGAGAGCAGAGAUCCUCAUCUGCAGCUAUCAUUGGACAGCUACUCCGACAUAUUCGCCGUGUCGACAGGAGGCGUCACCAGAUAUCUGACCUUGGUGCAGCCGUUGGAUCGAGAGGCACGAGAUUCCUACACCUUCACGCUGCAAGCAUCGGACGGCGUCCAGCAGAGCGCGCCGGUCGCCGUGACGAUAACCGUGCUGGACGCAAACGACAACACUCCGACGUUUGCUAACGUGUCCUACAGCGUUCACCUGUACACCGAUAUGAUGCCCGGUGAAACUGUGCUGCAGCUGUCAGCAGUCGAUGAGGACGACGGUCCCAACGGACAGGUCACCUAUCGAAUUCUAGCUGGGGAUCAGGGGCAAUUCCUUAUUGGCAAUAGCACUGGCAUCAUCACCGUAGCGCCAAGCGUGGGGCUAUCGGUGGGUCGAAGCUACGCCUUGACUGUGGAAGCCACGGACAAUGGAGCAGAACCUCACAGAAGGUCGUCCAUUACGACGGUCUACAUUGAGGUUUUGCCGCCCAACAACCAGAGUCCUCCUCGCUUCCCCCGGCAGAGCUACAGCCUGGAGAUUAGCGAGGCCAUGCGGACGGGGGCCACGUUGCUCAACCUCCAGGCCGUCGAUCGGGAGGGAGACGCCAUCGUCUACAGGAUCAACCGUGGGGAUCACCAUGGACAGUUUUUACUGGAGCGCGAUUCUGGGUAUUUGGUCUUGGACAAACCUCUGGACAGGGAGACUCUGGACGAGUACACUCUGGUGGUCACGGCCUCGGACGAGCGACCCGACGGGACGUCCACGGCGACGGUGAACGUGGCGGUGACGGACGUUAACGACAACGAUCCGCUGUUCGAUCCGUCGUCGCCGGUGAACCUCACUGUCGCGGAAAAGCUGGAUCACGCAUUUGUCGGACAGGUCAAGGCCACCGAUCCAGAUCUGGGGGCAAGCGGUCAGGUUCACUACCGACUGGUCAACCAUCAAAAGCUUUUCUCCAUCAAUGCCACGGGAGCCAUCAAGACCGUGCUGCCGUUGGACAGAGAGGUAAAGGCUCACUACUUUCUCAUCGUGGAGGCCUGGGACGGCGCCGUGGACCCGCGGCGGUCCAGACAAACGCUGUCGGUCACGGUCCUGGACGUGGACGACAACAGCCCCGUAUUCGGCCAGCAAACGUACAACGUGGAGCUGCCGGAGAACAGCCCCAAAGAUACUUUGGUCCUUAAGCUGCAUGCCAUCGACGCCGAUCUGCGCUCCAACCUAACCUAUCGCAUCAGAACCGACGGCUCCAGCGAGGAGAUUCUUCGGCUUUUUCGCCUUGACCCAAUCACGGGAGAGUUAUUUGUGCAGAAAGUUCUGGACUUUGAAGCCUUGAGCCCUUCCAGUUCUUCUUACACGUUCACCGUGGAGGCCUUGGACACCGAGGGGACCAUGCCUCCGGGCUUGGCCUCCGUUACCGUCACCAUCACGGACGUGAAUGACUUUGCUCCAGUCUUUAGCCAGCCAAUGUACCGCGGCAUGGUCGCCCCCAACGCCGUCAAGGGGACCAUCGUAGCCACGGUGAUGGCCAACGAUUCCGACCCCGCGGGAACGCCAGCUGGUCUGGUGCACUAUAAAGUGGAUCACGAGGCUUAUUCCUACUCGGCCAGUAUAUUCGAGGUGGAGGAACUCACCGGAAACGUUGUCACGAGAGUCAACCUCAAUGAGGAACCCAACCUUAAAUUCAGUCUGGUUGUGGUAGCCUACGAUGACGGCGAGCCGGUUAAAGAAAACACCACGCUGGUGGAGAUCACCAUCCUUCAGCCCUCCAUCAUUCCCAUCUUUACUCAGGAGGAAUACAGGUUUGCGCCCGUGAGCGAGGAAGCUGCGGUCGGAACCCCCGUGGGAGUCAUCCUGGCGGCGGCUGUCAAUCAAACCAUCGUGUACUCCAUCGUCGAGGGCAACGAGGGAGGUGUGUUUGCGUUAAAUAACAAAACGGGAUUAAUAUCCACGGGCAAACGGCUGGACUACGAGGCCAACUCCAGCUACCUUCUCAAGGUGGAAGCAGACUCCAUGAGGGUGGUCUCAUCUAACCUCCGAGCUCCUUCCAAGAGUAACACGGCGGCGGUGGUGAUUGACAUCCAGGAUGAGAACGACCACUCGCCGGUUUUCACCACCUCGCUUUAUAUCGGGGGAGUAGCAGAGGAUGCCAAAACGUUUACUUCAGUCUUGCAAGUGCAGGCUUUGGACAAAGACACGGGCAACUACAGCUCCAUGACGUACCGCCUCAUCAACGCCCCCUUGGCCGGGAAAGACGGCAAAGACAGCAAAGACGGCUUUGUCAUCGAGCCGCUCAGCGGCGUGGUCAAAACGGCCAUCAUGUAUCGUAACAUGCGACGGUCCUACUUUAAGUUUGAGGUGGUUGCCACGGACAACUAUGGGCGAGGACACAGCAGCAAGGCGGAGAUAGUGGUGUCAGUGGUGAACCAGCUGGACAUGCAAGUGGUCGUAUCAAAUGUCCCACCGACGUACGUGGACAAUAACAAAGACAAACUGCUCAGUAUUUUGGAGCGCUACGUUCAGGAGCAGAUUCCCGGAGCGAAGGUCUUCGUGGAAGCCAUUGGUCCCCGUCGUCAUGGCGAUGGACUGAACCAAGAGGACUACACCAAAUCAGACUUAAUGAUUUACGCUAUCGACCCGCUGACAAAUAGAGCCGUGGCCAGACAGGAGCUCCACAAGUUUCUUGACGGAAAACUGCUUGACAUCAACAAAGAGUUCCAGCCCUUCAUGCCCCCCGGCGGGCGCAUUCUGGAGAUCCGAACCCCGGAAGUGGUGACCAGCGUGAAAAAGGCCGUGCAAACUGUGGGCUACACAGAGGGGGCGCUGUUGGCCCUGGCGGUCAUCAUCAUCAUCUGCUGUGUGCCAGCCAUACUUGUGGUUAUCAUCACCUACAGGCAAUUUAAAGAACGGCAGGAAGAGUGUGCCAAGACCGCCCGAAUCCAGAUGGCGCUGCCGAGCAGCAAACCUGGAGGGGGCACUGCCAACAACUUAUAUGAGGAGCUCGGCGACAACGCCAUUGACAGACAAAACUCGGACGAAAGCGAUCGCCAACGCCUGAUCUCCGAUUUCGCCACCCGGGCCAUCGCCGCCCACAGGCAGUGCGUCGCUAAUGGAGGGGUGCUCAACAAACUCCCCAAGUCCGAGUCCAGCAUCACCUUUCUGUCGGACGAAAACCCUCUGACCAUCAAAAACCCCAUCUACCGCGAAGACGGAACCUUGAGCAGUCCGGAGACUCUAGGACGAAGCCAGAGGACGAGAGACCUUCUCGGGCACUUCUCUCCUUCCAGGAAAGGUCUUCGGGAGGCCUGGUUGAGGAUGAGCUCCCCCGCAGGAGACCACUUUGGUGGCUACAGCGGCAGUGACAGCGGGAGGGGAUCGGGAGGCGGCCACAGCUUGACACUCCCUUCGAGGCUACAUCGUAGAGACAUCUACGAUAGCUUGAGGAGGCAAGUGGUUAUGGAUCCUGUCCAGUGGGAACUGGAGCUUCUGAAGGCGGAAUUCAAAGAGAGCAAAGACGCCGGGCUGGAUUCGCCAUUUGAGCACGGCUUGGAUUCAGAUCAGAUGGUGAGCCCGGGCCUCGAGCCCAAGCUGACGGUCAAACAACAGGCCCGACAGUUUGAACAGCAGGCCGUCCAGGAAAUGAAACAAAAGCGGGACGUACAGCCGUCGCUCUCACCUGAUAUUGUACUUUCUGUUUACCCGGACUCUCCCCAGCACCCCAAGUACAUCUCCGCCCCAAGUGUUCCAAACGUUCGGGCUCGAGAGAGUCCCCCGAGUAUCAUAAUCACCCAAACGGACGGGGGGACGCCUCCGCCGAGCCACAAGCCGACGCCGCCCGUGUUACGACGCUUUGGGUCGGGUCUGACAGAAAAGCAGGAAGACAGACUUCAGGUGCAUUUGGACAUUAUCCCGGAUCCUCCUUCCACUCCAGCGCCGCCGCCGCCCCCUUCUGCUCCUGCGCCGCCGCCGCCCCCUUCUGCUCCUGCGCCUUCCCCACCGACACCCCCCUGCACUCCCCCACCUCCCGUCCACCAAGCUUCUCCUCCCCCUUCUCCCCUCCCUGGCUCCAACUGCCAGGCUCCUAGGCCGCCGCCUCCCCCUCCGCCGCCCCUCCCUCCCCCUUUGUCGCCCUCACUGUUGAGGCCGUCCACCUUUGUGCUCCCUUCAUUUUCAGAGGCCCCCGCGCUGCGACCCGUGACCCUCCGCACCCCGCCCCCACCUCUCCCUGCAGAACCGGAACCUCCCCGCAGGGAGCUGAAAGGCAUCCUUAAAAAUAUCCAGAAUAUCGCAGACAUCGAGAAGUCCGUAGCCAACAUGUUCAGCCAGAUCGAUCGGAAACAGGUCCCGCUUGUAAAGGUCAUGAAAAAGCAAGCGGCUUCCGAUUCCGUGGACUCGCUUGACUCCUCGGAUGUAUUAGCUGGAGGAGGAGGAGUGGAGGGAGGAGAAGAAGUGACCACUUCACCUCCACAGAUUCAGCCAAAGCCAAACAUGAACUCCAUCGUGGUGGAGCUGGAGAAACGAUUCCCCCCUCAGUCUACGGUCCUCUAACCUUCACCUCCAGGGGUUUUCGGUGUCGAGUAUCUGACCAAACAUCUUUCCGAGUAAACUGAACAUUUUCUCAGGCUGUGCUGUCAUUGUGAGAUUGAGAGAUUCGCCGGCGGGUUUUUUGCCGAUUACACGAUGACCUUUUGUUCUUUUUGUCAGUUUUUUCUACGAUUAGAUCGAUGUUGCAUUGGAACAUUUUUUUUUCCAAAGUCUCAUCUACCAGAACUAUUCGUUGGUGUUUACCGUUUCAUUUUAUCUACUUGGGUUGAUUGAUGUAGAGCUAUUUAAUGUUAACCACAAACUGCGCCACGUUUUUACACCUGUUACCUAUCGGGAUCAAUUGUGUGACAUGUUUUUCUCAAUAAAAUGCACCAAUCUCAACUGUGAGAACAUUGUAGCAAUUUAUAGCAAUCUAAGACUUUUCUUGAACGACUCCAACGUAGCUUUGUGCCAUGAAAGUGAAAAAUGGAGUGGGAUCAUGCGUUUGAGGGCAUUGUAGUCUGUUGUGAAGAAACUAAUAAUGUUUGCUCUGUUGUGUUUCUGUCACACACAUACACACACAUGGUGAGUCAAGGUGGAAAAAAAUAUAAAAGGAGUCAAUCAUCACACGUGUGCUUGUGACACAGCACAGAUUGCCUGCAGGAUUUUUGUCUCCAGAGGACCUAAUAAUGUGCCUGUCAGAGCGGGCGAGGGCACGCGGAUAGACUUAUCGCACACACGUGCUUGUUUUUCUUUGAACCGGCGACCCGCAAAGCACCCUUGAAAGCAGUAAUUCAUCUGUUUAUCACGCAUUCAUGCGCUCCCGGAGCCGCCGUGUCCAUUUCUUUUCUCGGAAUCGGCUCGCGCUCAUCCAGGCGUCUUCCAUCAUGCUUUUCACACUUUAAUUUGAACUCUGAAUCCUAUCUCUCACUCUCUGAUUUUUUUUUAUUUUUUUUUUAACCAAGUCUAGCAAUAAGCCUUUUUAGUGACUGCUGUCACCAUCUGUGCUCUGAGACAUAGCUGUUUUUUUUUUCCAGACACAUACUAAUAUGAGUACUUACCCAUCUGGACAAUUGAUAUCAUAGUACUACUUCAGAUUCAACCAAAUGUGAACUGUUGGAUGAGUAAUUUGGAUUGACUUACAGAAUGUGUCUGCUCCUCCUCUUCCUUUGUGCCCCGCCCCCUGUGCAGUCGCAGGUACGGACAACACGAGGUAGGUGUCGGGCUUGCCGUCGAUUUGUGGCGUUGCGUGGCCGCCUUCUUUGUUUUCGUCUCUCAUUUCUGCAUGCCUGUUUUACAAAAAAAAAUC